AUGGGGAGCGCCUGGGACGAGUACAACCAGCGGCGCGCCGAGGAGGGCAAGAAAAUCCGUGACCCCCUGCACGACUACGUAAAGCUGGGCCCCGCCGCCGUCGCGGCGCUCGACACGCCGCCGCUGCAGCGCCUGCGCCACAUGAAGCAGCUGGGCUGCGCGAGCGCGGUGUACCCCUCGGCCGAGCACAGCCGCUUCACGCACUCGCUGGGGGUGGCGCACCUGGCAGCGCAGAUGGUGGCGCACCUGCGGGAAACGCAGCCUGAGCUAGAGCUGUCGCCGGGUGACAUGGACGUGGUCGAGCUGGCGGGGCUGACUCAUGACAGCGGGCACGGCCCAUACUCCCAUGUUUUCGAGAGCGAGGUGCUGCCAAAGCUGGGGAUCAAGUGGUGA